CGUCUGCUACUGUUACGCACCAUUCGUGUAGCCAUGUUGGUAUCAAAACGUGAGAAUUGAUUAAAUUUUAAUGUUAAUAUCGUUACAUAGAAAGGUGGAAAAUGGCCCUUGGUCUACAUAGAUUUCUGCGUCAGUUGCAGUUAAAUACGAAAAGAACCAUUUCGUCGCAAAGUUACACGGCUAAACCGCCUCCGGAUGUUUUUAGUAGAUUAGUCGUUCCAUUGAGCAUCAGACACAACAACAAAGACCUGCGCCCGAACUCUAACAUCAAUUUUACUCCACGUAGUCUAGAUUUUGAUUCCAAUAUUACAAAUAACGGAGUAAACAUUUCUAAAAUAAUAAAAUGCCCUAUACUCACAAACCUGGAAAUAAUAGAACCGCCUAAAAGUGUCAGCGUAGACAAUGUUGAAGAUUUUCCAACAUCAUCUGUCCAGCUUCCACCCAUGAAGGAAAAUGAAGCAGAAAAACGAGCGGAAAGAAUGAUAGUAGUUAGAAGAAAAAAAAUGAAGAAACACAAGUUAAAAAAGCUACGGAAGAAGAUGAAAUAUGAGUGGGCUAAAGUGAGACAAAAGCGAGAAAUGCGGAAAGAAAAAGCCUUCCAGGCUGAACUUCUGGCGCAAAUUGCCGUAGCCGAGCAAUUUGACGCGGAAAAAUACGUGAUGGAAAAACUUGAAAAAUCGAAAGAUAGACCAGUUUUACAAAAACAGAGAAAAGUAUUUCCGCUCAGAUUCCCGCACGAGCAACCCAGGACCGAGCAAUUAGGACCAGUCACAAAAUAGUAGUGUCAGCAAGAAUAUCCUAUUAAUGUAUUAUACAGG